AUGUACAACAUCACCUUCGUAUCAGCCACCUCUGGACUCGCACGGUGGGACAACCCACGUGACCUCAUUUCUUACGAAGACUACCGGAUGUCGUUGAUUAUUUUAGAAGCUGUCAUCCAGCCCAUUGUUGUUGUUGUGGGCAUACCGUCCAACAUCAUCAGCUGUGUGGUGUUCUGGCACCAGGGACUUGGGGACCGCAUGAACGUGUGUCUGUUGGCGCUGUCACUGGUGGACCUGUGUCUCCUGCUGGUGUCGGUGGUGUUUAUUAGCGGUUAUUAUCUAGAGCAGAUCGACCCUGUUACAUAUAGCAGUCUCUUUGAUUUUCUGUUAGCUUUCGUCUCUGGAGUAACUUUGGGAUUUCGAAGUGCUUCUGGGUGUAUCACCAUGGUGAUAGCAGUAGAGCGAUGCCUGUGUGUAGUCUUCCCGUUGAAGGCGGCCUCUUUGAUCAGUAGUCGCAACAUGGCGGUCAUCAUGGUUUUCAUUGUGUGUCUGAACCAGGUAACCUUUUUUGAGUUUCUUAAAUGUUCUGAGCUGGAAGAUGAACACCUCCUCAAUCGAGAAGAAAUGUCAACACUGGUGAAAGAGAAAACCUUUUAA